UACAACAUGAAUGUAUUCGCCAAAUCAAUCAAUCAAUCCAAAAGAAUCUGAAUGUCGAUUGCCAACCGAUCGAGCGAGUAUAUUUUUCGAACGCACGAUUUAGUUGUUUAAAUUGCUCAAAUUGUUCCACGUGCUUGUUUGUUUGUUCAUUUUUUACACAUCAGCGGUAAAUAUUGUGUGAACAAUCACAACGCAGUGUCCAUAUUGUGUUUGUCCAACGCGGAGUUUAGGACAAAGAUUUUACGGUUUUCAAUAAUUGUCGUGCCGUUAUCACAGUAAUAUCUGUUUAAUAUGUGAUUUCGUCGAUUUGCAAGCGUUCCGCUGCGCGUAUUUAUUCAAGGUUAUGGGUGUGAGCGGGACACGAGAUAACUACGACAACCGACAACACGAAAUGCAGAACGCGACCGGCCACCGUCGCGAGUGUUUUUCGACGUUGUGAUAGCGAUUUACGCAAAUGAUUACGUGAAAAUAUUCGAUUACGAACAUCGAUAAAUGAUUAAAAAUACGAAAUAUCCGGCAUUCCGUUCAUGAAAAUGCUCAAAAUGUUCGCAUAAAUUCCACAGUGCUCAAAUACGGGACAGUUCCUCAGAAAAUGGCUAGUGACACAGCAUACGUCCAUAAUUGCAUACAGUGAAUUGAUCAGUGUUUUUUUAAGUGUAAAAAAUUUAGAAAUAGUAUUUACGUGUUUACGUGCAAUGGUGAAUUGAUUGUAGUAUUUAGUAUUUAUAAAAUAAUUGUGUUAAGCGCCAUCUGUGAUCUAGAGGCGAGAAUGCGUGGUUGAGAUGGAGGCCGGUUUCAUACCGGUGGGCUCAGGCGGCGGUUCCGCAGCGCCGCCGCACUCGAGCGUGGUGGCGCCACCGGCAAAUGUGGUGCGCGCCCCGGGACUCAAGCGCGGGAAAAUGGAAGAGGCAAUAACCGAUAGGAUCAAAUUGGAGACGGUCCUCGGGCUGACGGUGAACAGCAACGCGGCUCUCGACUGCGAUCCCAACACUGAGCUGGUCGCGUAUCCUGCAGGAUGCACGGUGGUACUGUACAACGUGCGCAAGAACCGCCAGUCGCACGUGUUGAACUCGUCGCGCAAGAGCGUUACCUGCGUCGCGUUCUCGCCGGACGGCAGGUACCUGGCGACCGGCGAGUGCGGGCACGCGCCUGCCGUGCGUGUGUGGGACCUGCAGGAUCCAACCGCGUCGGGUGCGGUGCAAAUUGCAGAGUUUCCAGGACACACCCAUGGAGUCAGUUGUGUGGCAUUUUCCACGUCGUCAAAGUACCUGGUGUCCGUCGGUUCGCAGCAUGACAUGAUCGUUAAUGUGUGGGACUGGCGGGCGAACCUCAAAUUGGCCAGUAAUAAGGUAUCAUCACGUGUGAAAGCAGUUAGUUUUUCGGAGAAUGGAAACUACUUCGUCACAGUCGGGUUCAGGCAUGUCAAGUUCUGGUACCUGGAGUAUUCCAGAAAUGCUAAGUUCAAAGAGCCCGUGCCGCUGAUGGGCCGGUCGGCGAUCCUCGGCGAGCAGAAGGACAACGAGUUCUGCGACGUGGUGUGCGGGCGCGGGCUCGCCGCGGACAGCACGUACGCGAUCACGCGCGGCGGCCUGCUCUGCGAGUUCAACAGCCGGCGGCUGCUCGACAAAUGGGUUGAGUUGAGGACAACAUCAGCUAACUGCAUGGCGAUAGGCUCUAACUACAUAUUCGUGGGUUGCGCCGAAGGCAUAGUGCGGUGUUUCGCUCCGGACACGUUGCAGUACAUCACUACGCUGCCACGAACGCAUUAUCUAGGGGUCGACGUUGCGCAAGGGGUCAAUAUUAGUCACAUGUUCCGUCAGCCGUCGCAAGCCCGGUAUCCGGACGCGGUGGCGCUGACGUACGACGAACGAAACCACAAGCUGACGGCCGUCUACAAUGACCACAGCCUUUACGUGUGGGACGUCAGGGAUAUAAAGCGGGUGGGGAAAUCCCACUCCGCGCUAUACCACUCGGCGUGUAUAUGGGGGGUGGAUAUGGUGUCGGCGUCCGGCGGUACCUUCAUAACGUGUUCCAGCGACGACACCGUCAGGCUCUGGAGGCUGGCGACGCCGCAGCCGCAGAACAUAUACAGCAACGAAUUAAACAAAGUAUUGUACAUAGACCCCGAAUUGAAGUUUUUGAAGGACGUCGAUCUCACGGCCACGAAUGACAAGGACAAAGCGAAAUCAUACGACGACAAAAUCGGAGUCAGAUGCGUGCGCGCAUCCCCGGACGGGCGGCACGUGGCGGCGGGCGACCGCGCCGGCAACGUGUGGGUGCACGCGCUACAGGCCGCCGCCGACAGCUCGGCCGCCGCCACCGCCACGCUGCUCCACACGCUGGAGGCUCACGACGCCGAGGUGCUGGCGCUCGAGUACUCGCCGCCCUCGGGGCCGAGGCUGCUGGCCUCGGCGUCCAGGGAUCGGCUCAUACACGUCUUCAAUGUGGAUAAUGGCUACCAGAUCCUGCAGACGCUGGACGAGCACUCGUCGUCCAUCACGGCGGUGCGGUUCAUCAUGUCCAGCGGCGGACUGCAGAUGGUCUCGUGCGGCGCCGACAAGACUAUACUCUUCAGGCAGUUGAGAUCUACGCAAGACGGCAGUUAUCAGUUCGCCAGGGGUCAGAACGUUUCGGGUCGGACCACGUUGUACGACAUGGAAGUCGACGCUGGCGGCAGACACAUACUAACCGCUUGUCAGGAUCGUAACGUAAGAGUGUACAGUGCGGCUCACGGCAGGCAUACGAAGACUUUCAGAGGCACCACCGCUGAAGACGGGACACUUAUCAAGGUGGCGCUUGACAACAGCGGCAUAUACCUCGCGACCUCAAGUACGGACAAGAUUCUGAGCGUUUACGAUUACUACUCGGGCGAGUGCAUGGCGACCAUGUUUGGACAUUCAGAAAUUGUAACUGGGCUUAAGUUCACGCCGGACUGCCAGUACCUGGUGUCGGGGUCUGGCGACGGCUGCAUCUUCGUGUGGCGCGUGCCGCACGACAUGGUCGUCACCAUGCGCGCGCGCCUCGCGCAGCAGGCCAUCCGGCAGGGCAAGAAAGUGUCAGGCGCUAGCAAUGGUACAUCGGGAUUGGAGAGCGAGAGCGAGUCUCAGUGGGGCUCGCCGCCACGGGACCUGCCGCCCGACAAGUUCACAGCGCCGCAAGUACCUGACUACACACUACGAAUAGGGCGGCUGCCAUCGUGGGCCAAGAAGAGCCUCGGCGACGAGCUGGCGGCGCCCGAGUCCCCCGCGCCCGACCCGCCCGCCAGGGGCAAGUGGGCCACCAGAAUCAACCCCGCACCAGAAAAACGCGUCGACUCCGACGGCUCCAAAGACAGUUCGUUAGACAGUGGCACCGACACACGAUUUAUUGAAAAAAGAAAAGACCAACCGAUGGGGAAGCAGCGGCCGAAAUCGCUGAAUCUGUCCCAACUGCCGCGCGUCGAGGCGUUGUUUCGCAAUUUUGACGCGACCAUACGAAAGACGUACGAUAUAUUGACUAUAUCGCCGAGGGUCGAGAAGGUGACAUUAAACUUGUCCAAGAAUCGAAUCGUGGACCCACGGAGUCGACACCACACUGACGAUUCGUCACUUGGCAGUUUUAAAUAUGAGGACCAAGAGUCGACGGAACACGACGGUGACAUCGAAGACAUAUCUGACGGGGAACGGACGUCCUCGUCGGAGCGAGGCAACAGACCCACUUACUACCCUGGCAAUAAUGAUGACGAGACGCCUGGAGAGUUCAUGGUGAACGCGAUGGACGCCGAGGAGCUUCGGCAGUCCGUGCGCCGCUCGAAGAGGUGGAAGGCGGAGUCGCCGCGCCUGGAGCUGCCCGCCGCCGCCACCUCGCUCAGCGGCUCCGGACACGACUCCGACGAUGACGAGCUGGACGAGAAUGAACUUAAACAACCGCUCAACUCUGCCAAGCUUGAUGUUUCCCAACAGGGCUGCGGUCCAACCCCGGCUCCUAGAUAUACCUCGAAGGGGCGGGGACCGAAAUGGCGGCAAGUAUCAACGCCGUCGGGCGACAAUGCGGACCGCAACCCUCUAUCAGGGUCUUGCGAGUCGAUAGACACCGCUGGACGGAGAGAGAAAUAUAUAAAAUCAGCAUUCGACAGUCUGAGUGGGGUCGAGAUGGACACAACACUUACUGGAGGCCACACGUCGCUGUCGGCGCAGCACCUGUCGCGUGCGCCCGCGCCGCGCGCCGCGCCCGGCGCCGGCCCCGCGCCCGCGCCCUCCCCCGCGCCGCGCAGCAAGCCGCUCGACCCCGAGGCCGCGCGCCGCCGCGAGGAGCUCAACCGCAGGAUACUCGAGACCAGGAGACAGCUUGAAAGCGUGGCGUUCCGGUCGAAUCUGAAGUCGAGUCAAUCCACGACAGACCUCUCGUACAUACCAGAGAAGGACAACUCUCGCAGAGCUCGUCCCGUGUCUAUGGCGAUACCGAGCAAUAGCAGGCCUUAUGCGGGCCGGCACGCGUCCGCGUCCGAUCGCGAGGAGGAGAGCGCCGGCAUGCGGAGAGCGAUCUCGCUCUCGGACCUCGCCGCUAAACCGAUGCCAGCGCCCCGGAACCAAGGCCAGUCGUCGAAGCCGUCGACCCCACAAGGCGGCAACUCUUCCAAGUCGCCGGGCGGGUUCGCGCGACCCGCGCCGCGCUACUCCAACAAGUCCAACAUGACUAGGAGCUCCAGCGUCGGUGUUCUGAACCAGAGUGAUUCGGAGUCGGACCCUCAACCAUCCAGGCAGCAACCCCCGCGUGCCCAGGGUCUGAUGCGGCCCACCAUCAGCUCGAUGAACAAGGCGGCCGCCAACACGGCCCGGAGGCGAGGUCUUGCCAACGCGUACAGUGCUGUGAACCUCAACACCGGCGCGCACGAGGAGUCCAGCUCCGAGGCCGACGAGCGCGCCGACAAGGCGCAGAGGAGCGACAACCAGCGCCGGAUCGGUCGCAGCGGCAGUGAGAGAGACCUCUCAGCGAAGGCCAGGGAAGUGACAGCCAGGCUCACCGCAAAUACAAGGCAGAGAGCUAAGCCGGAACAAGCUACAGAUGCGAACUUAUCGUCAUCGUCGCAGCUGUGCUCGGCGCUGACGGAGCAGCUGACGAAGACUGCGUGCAAGGUGGUGCAGCUGUACGCCAGUCUGCAGCGCGAGCCCAACGCCGCCGCUGACAUCAGUGGAUUGGAAGCAGCCAUUCUAGAGACGCAGAAAGUGCUGCGCAGUGCCGUCAACCGGCCGCAGAACGGCGGCGACGCGCUCAGCAGCCUGUCCUCCACCGACGGAGACUACAGGGGCCUGAAUGUAGACUCCACCAGGCAAAAACUGGAACACCUGGUGUCUAAAGAAUCGACAGGCGCCGGUAAUCCCGCCAUGUCCCUCAUCGAACAAUACUCAGACAUACUCCUCAACAUGAUGCAAAGCAAAAUGGUGAACCAGUUCCCGUCGAGUCCGCACAGCCUGCCGCCCAACACGAGGGAACCCGGCGGAGACAGCUAGUACACUUACGAACUGUCGACAAAGAUGUAAUACAGACUUUUGUGUAACAUCUCGUGACACAUCGGUAUAGAUGGACACUAGUGAGAGUAACGUGAAACAAAAAUAUAUCGAUAAUUAUCUUCAGACCAUCUUGUGGUGUGUAAAUAAUGUCGAUAAAUGUAAUGUUGACUUCAUAAAUUAAAGUAAGUUAUUUGAAACAUCGAAAAAAUAUGUAUAUCGAGUGUGAGGUCUAGGUUGGUGAGAAAAUACGUUAUCGACGUUUCUUAUAGAGAAAAUGUAGAUAAUUCGGCAAAGUGAGAAGUUACAUGGAAUAAAUCGACCUUUUCUCGACGAUUAUUGGGAAAAGGACAUAAUUGUUGUGAGACGCAGAAAAGUUAUAUUAAAAUGUUACAAAAAAAAUCUACUAUCAAAUAUACACUACUUGCCUGUUUAGUCAAUUGGCAUGGAAAAACUAAUAAAAAAAAUGUUUUGACUGUGUCUACUACUAAUGUAAGGAACUUUAUGAAUAUGACGAACUAUAGUUAAAUUGCCAAAACUUUUUGCAAGAGAGGCACAAAAAAGUGUCGAGUCGGUAUUUUGAAGUAUAUCUGCAUAUUACCAUCAAUAUCGACAUUCUUUAGUAACAAAACUUUAACUAUAUUUCCUACUGCAUAUAAUUGUUAUAGACGUAUUCCUUUGUCUUCUCAUUUCUUAAGUCUUUUUUAUGUAAAGUUAGACUAAAAUAUCGAUAGUUUUCGUUCGACUGUGUCGCCACUAUUGCAGAAAUACAAGAAGUGAACUAGAGCGCCAUUUUUUUUAUCUAAAAUUUUAGUUCUCAUUUUGGCAAUGAUAUGCAAAAUGAAAAUACCGUCAUUCCAGAAUUACCAUUAUGUUCCUUGAAUGCUGUAAAAAUGGGUUUAGGAGAUACGAGUUUAUCGCGCGUUGCCUACAUUUAUGCCAAUACGGGGACUGAAACUAGCUCAGCUGGUUUUACGCCUUAUUGAGGCACACGGAAACGAAAACUUUGAACACAAUAUUGUGAAAUAAAUUCGGUAAAAAGACCAGAUGUGGUGCAUUCAAAUUUGCAUUUCAGUUUAUUAUUUAGCCAUUUAAAAGACAAUGUUUUAUAAUUCCAAUUUGUGUUGUGUGGUGAUUAACUAUUGUAUUGUUUAAAGAUAACGUCUUACACUAAGUAACUUGGUAUAUUAUGGUCUAAAUAAAAUCUAGAAGAUAUUAUAUGUUAGUAUAUUUGUGGCCACCAUAAUAUUGCCCGGUACACUGUAUUUUACCCUGGCAGUUAAAAAUAUCGAUCAUAGUUAUGUCACGUUAUUUAGUAAAGGUAUCAAACUUUCUUAUUCCUUUUAUGUCUUGUGUUGUUGUUUUAGUUCAAUUUUCAGUAUUUUUAUUAAUGAAAUAAGUGAAUAAGCACUUGUGACUGACAUGAGAAUUCCAUUUUUACGAUUUUGUGCCGAACUUUUGGUAAACGGAUGCAAUUUAAUUAUUAUUAAUUGUGCGCAAAAUGCGAGAUACUGACAUCGUGCCGUUCUAACAUACAACUAAGCACACAAAUCCAUGCAAUUGUAAUCUAAUUCAAGACAAUUUGCGUGCAAAAUUGUUACAAGUAAUUUUUGGAUUUUUGCUAAGGCAAUAUCGAUAAACAGCGCUGCAUGUCACGCACGUCGCACAUAUCAAAAGUCAGUACCGAUAAAACUUGAUUAUUCUAUGUGUUGGUAUAACUUCAUACAUAGUAUGGUCUGCAAAUAGGCCGACUACAUGCACUACUAAUAGUGCUAUGUAAAUUAUGACCAGUCGGACAAUAUACUAUAUGUCUUCCCAUUUAUUUCACUACUACAUACAUAAUGUUUUACUUAUUUGUGCCGACCGUCAUUAGUUUAGGGGGACUUUAUGCAAACUUGAACGUUUGAUUUCUCUUUAAAUUAAGAAGGUUGGCAUACUAUUAAUGUUAUAUGUGAAAUGCAGGAUCUUGUGGCUUUGUUUGGCUAUUUGCGCCUUAAUGAAGUAAAUAGCAAUAUGUGUUAACUUAUAUUGUCACUGUCUUUGUAUGCGCCAUAAAAUUAGUGUAUGAGCGCAUGUCUCUGAAGAUAUUGUUUUGUUUGUCAUCAGUAAUCAUAUAGUGACCUCGGUAAUGUCUAAUGAUCUCACUUCAAUAUAGUCGAUGACAAUGUCGUGAUUUCAAAGACAAAAACAGGAACGUUUUUAUCUUUAACGGUUUUAAUGCCGAGGUUGCUAUGAUGACAUCGCUAUCAUACGAUUUUCAAUCGUUAUGCAAUCUAAAGUGGUGCCACACUGCGGGAAAGCAACAUGCAUUCAUACACGUGAUAGGGAUAUCUGACGUCACGUAGAAGAUGGCAUAUGUGUGCGUUGCGUUGCACCGCUUUUAUGUGUGUCGGUUUUAAAUUACCUUAUGUUAUAAAAGACAACUUAUUGAUGUGGUUUAUACAGUGAGAGGGAUGAUACAUCUAUAUGUGUGAGCGAGAUAGCCAUAUUGUUAAAUUAACGGACUGUCUCGUAUGUUCGAGAAAUGACAUUGUGGAAAGAGCGCAGACAUAUCGCUUCUUACUAAAGGUUGAGGUAGCGGUAUGUUUAUAAUAGCUCAGUAUUAUAAAUAUAUGAGAGAUGAGACAAACGUCUUUGCGGAAUAAAAAGCAAAUGAGUCCCUCUAGAGAGCGAGAUGGCAAUAUAUUUGUGAAUUCGCUCAAAAAAUGCAAAAAAAGGAGCAAAAAAUCUUCGAAAUCGUCCAAGUAUUGUCAAUGUUGAAAUUUAGAAUUCGUCACAAUUUUUUUUUAUAAUUAUUAAUUAAUAAUGAUAGUAAUGUAUGCAUGUGAUAAAGUAAGUAGAUGAAGUUUUGUAAAUAACACACGGUUAUGACUCAUGUUUUUGUUUGUGCGAGGUGUUAUUUUUAUAUGACUAGGUGCGUUCAUACCACACGUGACGUUUCCAUGUUUCAUAUUGGUUUAAUUUUUAAUUAUUAUUUGUGUGAGUGUGGGUAGGGCUACGGAAAUAAUUGAAUGGUUUAGGAAAUUGUAAGAUAUGUGUUGGAUUCUUUUAGGAUUUUAAAGCAUAAAAAAUAUUAAAUUUGUUUCAAAAUUAAACUUAUGAUCUUAAGUAAUUAAAAAGUUUUUUUUUGUUCUGAAAUGACUACACCAUAAUAAUUAGCAACCACAUUAAUUAAUCAAAUACUUAAAUUUUUAUAAUCACUAUUGUAUUUGUCUUAAUUGAUCAAUCCUAACUGGGGCAUUGUAAUUAUUUUACAAAAUAUAUUCUCUAUGGUCUUCCCUUUUCUGAAUUAUAGAACAGACAGUUGUAAACCCUAUUUUUACCUAUGUUGACUUAUUGUUUUAUCUAACUGAACUAUUUUUUUCUGUUGUAUUUCUAUAUUUUCAUGGGGUUUUAUAUUUCACACUUUAUUAAUUUUUAAGGUUUCUAUUAUUUGUACAGGUUUGAGCAAUGAGGUAUAGGUCUGAACCGUUAUUUCUUUUUAGCAUAGUAUUAUUAAUUUCGUCUUCUGACCCUAUACCUUAUGCUCAACGCUUAUUUCAUAAUUAUAGGAAGAUUAUACAUAUUAUACAUAUUUAACUGUCUGUAAUUUAAUUUCUUUCUUUUCGGAUAUGUGUCUGUAUGGUAUGAACGUACCUCAGUCGAUAAGGUCCGUUCACGCUCGACGAUAUAGCACAGUUAUCGAACGAUGUAGAUAGUUUUUUUUUAUUUAAUGUUCAAAAUUAUAAAUGCCAUUUAUGCGAAAAGACUAAUGUUUAAUAAUGUUUAUGAUAUUACAAUUUAUUACGAGUAUUUUUUCUUUUUAUUUUCCUUUUUUUACGUUUCUUUUCCUUUUUCAUAUUUUUUUCUAGUUGGAAUUGAUUAGAGGAUUUGCAGAUCGGAUCGUGGAGGUUUGUUUAUAUAUAAACGUUUAAUUAAUGGCAAAAUUAUGGUGUUAAUAAUAAGGUUCACAUUUGACAUGACAGGAUAUCCGUGAAUGUUGUGUGACGAGAUUUCGAGUUGUAUGAACAAACCUACACUAUGUUUAAGUCGGAUGGAUUUGAAUAUAUAGAUACGUGGAAUUGCGCUAAGGAAUGUCACAGAGUUAUUUACAUUUUUUCUUUUCGUUUUUUUUUUUUCAGAUAUAUUGUAGCGAUCCUUUGGUAGAAUUUUAAAUCGGAAUGAAACCGUGCAAAUAGGUUUUGGUGGAAUGUGGUCUUUUUAUGAGCUCUUAAGUGUUAAAAUCCAUAACAAAGAAAAAUUACGAAUCGCUACGAUGAUAUAUUUGCAGAACUGAGUUUUGGUUUUCUGGAAGGUAAGUUACAUUCAAUGAAUAAUAAUAAUUGUCCAUACCCCCCUUAUAUAAAGCCAAAGUACGGCUCUGGUCUUUUUUCUAAUAAUGGUAUGACCCUAAGAACAAUCGAAAGCGUAAAAGAUUACUAGUUUAUAUAACAUUGUAUUAAUGAAGUUGCUUGAAUAAUAUUACAGGUCCAAUUCGCGGCGAAUGUAUGUUUUGCUAAUAUUUUUGCACUUCUGAGUGCUCUGGGACCAAAAAGCGCUCUGAAAUGAUUUGUUGAACCGAUUAUUACCCUGGAAAUAAAUUAUUUAUUUUUUUACGGGACCGAGUUACAAUGUGAUAUUUGACAAUUCGCAUCGAAAGUAUUAAAGGCGGAAUAAAUUAAACCAGAGAACCAAAACUUGGUUUUAAAUACUAUAUUUAUACUAGCAUAUGCCAUAAUAGUGUAUUAAGUCAUAUUAAUUCUGAUAAAAUUAGGGAACAGAGCAGGUCUAUAACCAGAUUUAGCGCACGGGGAGUUUAUUUUACACUUGGCUUUUUACAUGUAGCAAGUUACCUAUGUUAUUGUUAUCUGUAUCUUGAGCUUAAUUUUACACUUUUUUACUUAUCCCAUCAGACUAUUUAUGGGGGUAAUAUACCCACAACUCUCUAAACUGGAUACGGGCCUGCUUUUAUUCCCAAAACCAUACGCUUUAUUCAUAGUUUUUUAUGACACGCUUCGGCCAUUUUGUGUUUCACAAAAUGGCGGUAUAAUUUACGCGCAUCAAAUUGUAACUUUUAUUUUUAAUGUAAAUAAAUAGGUGACGCAAGUCAAGGACAUUUUUAUGAUGAAAUAAAAAGGAAAUUAAAAUGUA